UUUUUUUUUUUUUUUUCAUUCACGCUAUACAUCAAGGCCUAUCAAGGUAAAUGCCUAAACAAGGGUUGUUCCUUUAACCGCAAAUAAUUAGGUUAGUUAAAACAAGUUUGUUGCAUAUCAAUACAAUAGAAGUGGCCCACAAUGUAAUGGACAUAUUUGACCCUUCAAAUAGAUUGGACCAUGACAUACAUGUCCAAAAUUGUCAAGGGUGUGCAUGCUUCAAUUGGUUCCAUUUUUUAUUUAGUCAAUUUGGAUGUAUUCGUGAAUGAACUAACCAAAUCUAAAAGCAGAAAUGAUUUGUUUGGUUUGAUUCAUGAGCAAUAACCAACUAAAUCCUUAAUCCAUUCAAUUUGGUUUGGGAUAAGACAUAAAAUGUCUAAGAUAUACAACCCAAAAGUAUUAACAAAGCCCUAUUCAAAUAGUUCCAUUAUAGCUUCAACCAAUAACAAUUAAGUCGAUGUUUAAUGAAAUUUAAUACUUAAUGUCUAAUGAUUUAAGUUAAUUUUAAGAUAAAUUAUAUUUAAAAUUAUUGUUUACUUUAGGUUUUAACUAUUGAGGUCAUCUCCCUAAAAUUAACUUAAAUUUUUUUUCUAAAUUAUAUUAUUAGUUUGUUUAGGUUAUGUUUGGUUCUUAAAAAGUAUUAAAGAUAAAAAAAAAUAUAUUAAAUGAUUUUCUCAUAUUUGGUUAUCUUAUGAAAAAUUUCAUGGAAAAUUUUAAAGAAAAUUAAAUAUAAUUAAAAUUAGUUUGAAAUUUAUAUAUUUUCAAAAUUAUUUAAUUUUUAUAUUAAUGAAUUAAAAUAAAUAAAAUGAGUUUGAAGUAAUAAAUAAAAAUAAUUAUGGACUUUUAGCUUCUUCUUUUUUCUACUUUUCCUUUCUUUUUUUCUUUACAUUUUCUCUCAAUUUUUUCAAGAACCAAAUAUAACCUGAGGGUUCUAAGAAAAAUAUGAAAGAGAUAUGGGUUUCUAGGCAAAUGAUGUUUAGGAUUUUUUUUAAAAGUUAAUUACUUUUUAUGCGGAUAUUUUGUAAUUUUUUUCCAUACGCCUACAAUUUGGAUCCCGCAGGCCCAAACGCAUGGUCUUGCCUUGGACUAAAAGGCAGUGGGCUUAUUUGUUGUUCACCAUAUCCUCCUUGGGCGUUAUUUAUGGGUUGGAACUUGGAAAUUGGCCCAUUAAGGCCCACCACCCACAUAUUAUUAUUUUAAAGACCAAAACACCCCUAAUAAAAAGAUAAAUAUGGCACGCCCACCUUCCUCCUCUUCUUCCUUUCUUGGAAGAAAGUGUUUUUGAACGAGGGAUAACCAAUAAGCAAACAAUCCUUAAUGAAGACCGAAGAGAAUAAGGAUGUCCGAACUUUCACGACCAGAUGCUCUUUGAACCGUCCGAUAUGGAAUUCCAAGUGUUUGGAUGUUAGUGUUUUGAACAUGUCCUCGAUUUUUUUUUCUUUUUACCCCCACAUUCAUACUAUGCGUUCACAACCAAAAGUUACCUAAAUGAUAUGCCCAAAGGCAUGAAUUAAAAUGAUAAACAUAGAAAAUGAAAGUAAAUGUAUACAUUAGUUCUAGCUUCUUAACGGUUCCAAAAUAAUUAUGAAAAUUAAUUUUAAUAAUAAAUUUUUUAAAUUAUUUUUUAAUAUUUUAUAAAAUAAAAUUCUGUUUGAAAAUCUGAAAUAUUUUUAAUUUAUUUUUAAUAAUUUUAAAAAUAAUUUUUAUAUUUAGUAAUUUAUUUUUAAUUAUCUGAUAUGUUAUAUAAUUAUUUUAUAAAACAAGUGAAUUUAAUUAAAAAAUAUUUUUUUUUAAAUAUCAUCGCUUUUAUUCUUUAGUAUAAAAAAUAAAGUACAGUAUUUAAUUAUCAAAUAUUUUUUAUUUUGGUUUUUUAGAAAACGCUUAUAUCUUAUAAAAAUAAAAAAUAAAAAAUUAACAUUUUUUUUCUUGAUUUCUUUUUGUUUUAGAUUCUCUUCUCGAAAAUAGUUGCGAAAGAGGGCUCAGACUCUCGUUGAAGAAGCUCGUUAAAAAACGCUUAUACCCUUCCACUAUAGUCAAAUUCACUCUCUCGCUCGCUCGAUCACCCAGCCUUCUUUUCCAAUGGAUCGAGCUCAGCUUCUUCUGGUAGGGUUACCUCUGUUUCUCUUCUUCUCAGACAUCAUAAAUCUCUUCACGCCACCGCCUCCAAAGCCACCGCCGCAUCAUCACCACCAGCAACCCCAACCCAAACCCCAAUCGGCUCCUCUAGAUUUCCCCACACAGAAAGAGAGUGGUAUUGGAGGUAUUGGCUUCGGCAACACCGUCAAUAUUAAUUUCUGUUCCUCUUGUUCCUACAGAGGAAAUGCAGUAACAAUGAAAAAUAUGCUGGAGAGUCAGUUUCCUGGGGUCACUGUUGUUCUUGCAAAUUACCCUCCUCCACUUCCAAAACGCCUACUAAGCAAAGUGGUACCAGUUGUUCAAAUAGGAGUUAUAGGGAUUGUAAUGGCGGGUGAACAAAUUUUUCCUAGGUUGGGAUUUAUAGCACCACCUCCUUGGUAUUACUCAUUGCGAGCAAAUAGGUUUGGAACCAUUUCAACCACUUGGCUUCUUGGAAACUUCCUUCAAUCCUUCCUACAAAGUUCUGGUGCUUUUGAAGUGUACUGCAAUGGUGAAUUGGUUUUCUCUAAGCUGAAGCAGCAAAGGUUCCCUGGGGAAAUCGAGUUAAAGGAUCUUGUUGGCCAAAGACUUGUUGCUUCAAGAAUUGUGGACGACGUUGGAGCAGGUGUCUGGUCCCAGCCCCUUUGAGAGCUAAAACAUUUGAGAUCCCAACCUGAUCCAAGCAAAAACUUACAACCAUAUUAUGAAAUUACAAAUUUAGACCAAGCAAUACUUAUUUCACUCAAAUUGUGCAACUGUGACUUGGUAAAACAAAUGGAAUCCAAGGCUUCACAUCCUUCCUUGUAAAUUUCUGCCUUUUGAUUUGUCAAGGUAAGGGAUUCUGCCCUUUGAUUUCUCAAGGGGUCUAAUUGUGACAGUAUGACAUUUACAGCUAGCGUCAUUUUGACUAGACA